GAAAGUAUCAGAAGAUGAUGCUAAAGAAAUGGCUAAAAAUAAUGGUCUUGAAUACAUUGAAGUUUGUGCUAAAUAGAAUUUUAAAGUUGAUGAAGCCUUUUAAAUUAUUACUGAAAAUAUAUACAAGAAAAUUGAAUUAAAUUAACUUGAUUUAUCUAAUGAAGUAUAUAAAUCUAUAAAUAAAUUAGAAAUUUGGAGUUAAAUUAGGUUCUAGAGGGAGUUUUAUUGAGGAUAAUGAAUAAGAAUAAGAAAAUUAAAAGAAUAAUUCAAUUUGUUGUUGAUAAACUUUUAUUCAAUAAAAUAUAUUAUCAAUUUUAUCAAAUCAAAAUUUUAUCUAAUUUUAGCUUUUUUUGAUAAAUAAACAUAAUUUUCUUUGUUAUUAAAUUUCCUUAAAUAGCAAUUAAAUCUCAAAUUGAUUUUAUUAAGUUUUAUGGAAAUUUA